GAUUAGACCAAUCAUCUUCUUGCUUUAAAAUAACCACCAACCCUACUGAGAAAAUAAGUUCCUCAUACAACCAGGUGUGGUUUUAUUCUGGAGUCAAGACUGUGCCACUGAACCUGCUCAUUCUAGAUAUGAAGAUCGCCUCGUUCAAUGCACAGAGGUUCGGACAGACCAAAGUCUCAGAUCCAGACGUCCUGUCAACUCUUGUCAAGAUUGUGUCGCGAUACGACAUCAUAGUGAUAAUCGAGGUGGUGGAUGUGACCGGAGCUGCUGUUAAACUGUUCUUAAAAGAACUAAAUGAAGUCAACACCACGCAACACUACGCUAUGCAGCUCAGUAUGCGCCUGGGGAGGAACAGAUACAAGGAACAGUUUUUGUUCCUUUACAGGGAUGAUGUCGUUGAUCUGAUUGACUGCUAUCAAUAUGAAGACAACCAAGUGAACGACAUGGAUGCCUUUGCAAGAGAACCAUAUAUUCUCCGCUUUAAACCACACAACACAGUGUUGAAGGAUAUAGUGCUGAUCCCGGUCCACACCAAACCAUGGGACUCUGAGAGAGAGCUGGAUGAGCUGUAUGAGGUCUGUCUGCUGGUCAAAGACAAAUGGAAAACUGAUAACAUAAUGAUCCUGGGAGAUUUCAAUGCAGAUGGUGUGUAUGUCAACCGUAAGGAGAUGCAGGGGAUUCGCAUUCGCAGCGACAAGAAUUUCCAUUGGCUAAUCAGUGAUGACGUGGACACGACGGCAAACACAUCAAACGACCACACCUACGACCGGAUUGUUGUAUAUGGAGAAGAUAUGCUUGCAGCCAUUGUGCCAAACUCAGCCAAGCCAUUUCAUUUCAACAAAGAGUUUGCUAUGACUGAAGAAAAGGCCCUGAAGGUGAGCGACCGCUACCCUGUUGAGGUCGAGUUCGGUAAAGCUCCUCCUUUCUGGAUUACAAAGAGCAACCAAAGAAGUGUUGAUACAUCAGUUCACAGAGCUGUCACAGAAAGUCUGCAGGAUGAUGUGUUGACACUGCAGAAGGAAAACCUCCUGCUGGAGCGAGAAAAACUUCAACUACAGAUCACUUUAUUAAAACAACGGCUUGGCAAACUCAAGCUGAAACAAUGACUAUAAGAUCUCAAACAAGACUGAUUAUGUUAAGCUGUAUUUCUUUUAAUAAAUAAUGCUUUUUAUUUGA